AUGUUGCCCAUGCUGCACCACCAGUGGCUGGACCUGCGUGAUGCGACACCCGAGGCUAUGGCACGGUGUGCGAAGCUUCUGGAAGAUCCAGAGGACCCCUGGCUUGUUGCAGAAGUUUUUGACAAGCUUCGCGAGUGGCUACGCAGGGAUUGCCAUCACGUGCACAAGCUCAUGGAUCCGACCCUUGAGGUACAGGUCUUGCAAGCACUGCGGCGUUUUGGGCCAACCAACCUGGAGGUCGCCAGACUUGGUCUCGGUGUCGUUGCAGGCUGCUGCCAGAGGAAUGACAACAACACUGAGUUGAUCGUGGCAGCCGGCUUCGUCAAGGUCCUGAUGAAUCUCAUGGAUCUGUACAGAGCAGACGGCACACUACAGGACAACGCGUGCGUGGCUGUGUGGAGGCUGGCAGAGCGACGCUCCUCAGGCGCAGAGAGGAUUGUGGAGGCCGACGGGGUGCAAAGAGUUCUCACGGCCAUGAGGGGCCACGGGCGCAACUCCUUCGUGCAGGUGAAUGCGCUCCUUGCCCUCGAGAAGCUUGCGCUGAAAGGUGUUGUGGCAGCAGAUGGGCUUGAUCAUAUUGCAGAUGAAGCUACUCGUUUACAUCCUCACAACGUACAGGUGAAGAGGUCUGCCCUUCGCAUCAAGCGCCUGUGCCGCGUGACUCAGGGUGCUGAGGAAGAGGGACCUACACCGAGAGCCUUGCCAGUGCUAGAGGCCGAGCCUCUGUGCCAGUGGCUCUUGAGUAUGGACUCCGCUGGCUUCAUGAUGGAGUAUCAUCCCUGCCUGCGGCAGUAUGAAACCCCAGCUAAGGUUGCGGACAGGAAGCUGGGUCACCGAAGGCUCUUCGAGCAAUGGUGCCGCGACCGGGUCCAAACCUGCAACUCAGGCGUUGAAGGCAUCGUCACGCGCUGCAUGGUUGCGCAGCCGAAGCUCAUGCAUUCCCGGCACGUGCACAAGGACCAGGAUGAUGGCUACGUGGAGUCUCGCGACCACCGGGACACAACGACCCUAGCAAACCAGGUGAACAAGUCCGGAGGCGGCUUUCCGAAGCAGGAUCCUGAGGGGCGUGAGUUGAAAAUGGACCCCAGCAUGAGCGAGUACAAGGAUGCCCAGCAGUUCGAUCUCCAGGAGUCUCCAGAGACGGCGCCGCCAGGGCAGGUGCCUAGGUCCAUCCAAGUCCUUUGCGAUGGCGAUCUGUGCGACAAGGCCAAGCCGGGUGACCGAGUUCAGGUAAUUGGAGUGCUGAAAGGCUUUCCGCCACCGAUGCAGGAUUUCACCGAUGGCUUUUUUCCGACGAGACUGGUUGCCACGAGCAUCAAGUCCGUCAAAGAAAUCAUCGAGCACCAGUUUGUUUCUGAUGAUGUGGACAACAUCAGGAAGAUUGCCGCCCGUGAGGACACCUUCAAGUUGCUGGGGCGGUCCUUUGCCCCCGCGAUCUGCGGUCAUGCGAAGGUCAAGCAAGGCCUGCUGUUGCAGCUGCUGUCUGGCACAGAGAAGAACCUCGACAACGGCACCCAUCUCCGAGGUGACAUCAACGUAUUGCUGGUUGGUGACCCAUCCUGCGGCAAGUCGCAGAUGCUGCGGUUUGUGAUGAACACCGCUGGCCUGGCAGUGAGCACGACUGGGAAGGGCUCCAGUGGUGUCGGCCUGACUGCGGCAAUGAUCCGAGAUCCGAACAGCAGCGACUUCCACCUCGAGGCCGGAGCCAUGGUACUGGCCGAUCGCGGCGUGAUCUGCAUCGACGAGUUUGACAAGAUGAACCAAGCGGACCGCGUUGCAAUCCACGAGGCCAUGGAGCAGCAGGUCGUGACCAUCAGCAAGGCUGGCAUGCACGUCACGCUCAACGCAAGGUGCAGCGUCUUGGCCGCCGCCAACCCCAUCUAUGGGAACUUCGACCCCAAGCUGGACCUGGUCAAGAACAUCGGCCUCCCCGACUCCCUCCUUUCGCGAUUCGAUCUCAUCUUUAUUGUGCGGGACAACAGCACGGAGGAGUUGGACCGCAAGAUCGCCGAUCAGGUGCUGAGGCAGCACAUGAUGCGCUACGAGGGCGUCGAGCGGAAGCGAGGUGUGGAGGAGAUCCAUUCAAGCAUGAUGGAGCGGCGGCGGAUGGUGUCGUCCAAGGUGACCGAGGAGGCCACCAAGGUGUUCGAGGAUCAGAUGCCGAUGAUGGAGGAUGGGCAGUCCAAAGAGACUGUCACCGUGGACUUCUUGCAGAAGUACAUCAGGUUUGCGAAGCGGCUCACGCCAGUCUUGACCGCCGAGGCAAGGGACUACGUCGCGGAGAAGUAUGUGGAGAUGAGGAUGCGGUUUCAGAGCGGCUUUGCCGAUGUCCAGGCCGAAAACUCCGAGCGCAAGCCCAGGUUGGCGGUGACCACGAGAACCCUGGAGGCCCUUAUCCGCUUGGCGACAGCACAUGCAAAGCUCAAGCUGCGCAAGGAAGAUGUUCUGGUCGAAGAUGUGGAAGUCGCCUAUCAGCUGAUGCUGGCUGCAAGGGAAGAGGAGGUGCCCGAGGCGCCAACUGCCCCGGUUGUGGGCGACGACGACGACGACCAGCAGGGCCAGGUUACGCUUCAGGAAGUUCUGCAACACUGGCAGAAGCGGCUCCAUGCCGUAAAUGUGUGA